AUGGUAGUAGUUCAGAUAGUAUAUGCAGGGAUGAAUAUACUAUACAAACUUGUAUCAGAAAAUGGAGUGAAUUUGAGGAUCCUCAUUGCCUACCGUAUGUUGUUUGCCACUGCCUUCAUGGUUCCUCUUGCUCUCAUCUUUGAAAGGAAAACCAGGCCAAAACUAACAUGGGUAGUGAUGUUCCAGGCUUUUCUUUGUGGGUUACUUGGGGGGACAUUGGCUCAGAAUCUAUAUUUUGAGAGCUUUGCCUUCACAUCAGCUACAUUUGCUGUCGCCAUGAGUAAUCUCAAUCCAGCCAUUACCUUCGUUCUAGCAACAUCUGUCGGGUUGGAAAAGCCAGCAGUAGGAACAUUGGGUGGGAUGAUGAAGAUUGCGGGGACACUGGUAGGAAUAGGUGGGGCAAUGCUAUUCACUUUAUACAGAGGUGUGAAAAUUGAUUUGUGGUCAACGCAUGUUGACCUUUUACAUCAUCAACAACACGUGGCACCAUCACACCCAGGCUCUAGUCAACAUGUAAUCGGCGCCCUAUUGUGUUUGGCAUGCAGUUUAUCCUAUGCAAUGUGGUUGAUAAUCCAGGGAAAAAUGAAUGAAAGAUAUCCAUGCCUUUAUUCAGGCACAGCUCUCAUAUGUACAAUGAGUUUCUUGCAGUCUAUUGUUUUUGCCUUAUGCACUGAAAGGGAUUGGAGUCAGUGGAAAUUGAGUUGGGAUCUUAGGCUCCUUACUGCAGCUUAUUCGUAUACUAGGAGCGACUUUGAUCGUGUGCGGGUUGUACAUGGUGUUGUGGGGUAA